AUGACAGAACCAUCGACUUCAGCGUUCGAUCAGGUAAGAACAGUUUCGUUUCUUCUUUCUUUUGGUUUUAGACAGCCUGUAUGGCCCGUAUUUUCUGCUGCAGAAGCUUUAUAAUGCAAUUACAUUACUCUAGGCGCAAACACUCCAACUUUUGUCCGAAGAAGUCAGUGGUUGUGAUCGAUGCUAUCAGAGGUACUAUAGCAUCCUGCAGAACAAGCCGCACCUCUUCGAUUCGCGUCGGAAACGGCAGAAACCCCCGAAAAUCAAGUCUAAGCUCGACUUCCAAAACCAUCCCUUGUUCCCGAACGCGGAUCUCACCGGAGGUGGACUCAUCGAAGCCGGAGAGCUGGGCAAAAGUGUCCUCGAUCUGUCAACUGCAAUUUCAAGGGCUUCCACACUUAGUCCCAAGCGAAAAGCGCAGCAAUUGGAGCAGACUUGCAAGAAUAUUCAUUUAUGUGAGUUGCAUUUGGAGAACCUGAAGAAGGAGCUGCUUGAAGUGUUGGUGAAGAAGGUGGGUUGACAAAAACCUUUUCUUUUAGUAUUUCCAACGUUUAGAUUGAGCUGCGGAUUGACGGGCUUAUAAAUGAGGUCUCGGAUGAGGGAAAACGCGUUCUGGCACCAAUCAAAGAGAAGUACGCCUUGAAAAAACAGGUAAAACAAAUUUCUCUGUCGCGUUUCUUGGCUUUAUUGCUGGCAGAAUUCUAAAUUAUUGGUUUUAGGAGCUGAACGAACGCUGUCGACUUCAAAUGGAAGGCCUACGACGCCAGUUGGAAGCUGACAUUGAUUUUGAAGAGAGGAAUUCGAAAUUACUGAUUGAAAGAGCAAAACAAUCUCGACUAAAGCAAAUUGACGACCAGUUGGCUGAGAUCGGAUGUACUGGAGAAGGUGAGUUGUUUUUCUUUCGUUUUUUCCGCUUUUAGGAUGCAUUUCUCCGCCUAUAUUAUCCAUGACUGAUGUUGUUGUAGAUUUCCUGGUGAAUGGCCCCAAAUUGGAAGUUUUGGAGUCGGAGAUUGUCGAGGUAGAAGCUCCCAACUUCAAAGGCCAAGUUGUGCUGCCUUUGAACGAGAAAGCCGACCAAAAACUGCGAGAAUUGGAGAGAAAAGAGCUGCAGGCCUUCUGUCUGUACGCCAGAGCUCCGGAACGAGUUGGGAGGAGAAUGAAGAAGAAGCCAGUGGAUAUCAAGGUGAACAACGUCCAACUCAAUGGCAAUUUUUGGGCUCCAAUGGAAGUGGAGUGA